UGUGCCAAGUAGUACAAGGAACCCAACCUGUGAACCUAAAUUGCUUUGAAAGAGAAGUAUUUCUAUCUAUAUCACACACACAAAAAAUCUAUCUUUCUCUUUCAAUCUUAAUUUCUGCUCACCUUUAAGGCAAGUUUCCAUCUUUUGCUCCUCUAACAAAUAUCAAUUGCUGCUAAAAUCUCUCUUCUUUCCAAAAGUUUCACACAUUUAGGUUCUUCUAAUCGUUGAAAAAGGGUAACCGAAUCUUGCUUCAUUCCUCUGUAAUUUCACGCAAAGGACCCAAAUUUGGGGGGUUUUUUGUUUCUUUUUUUCUUUUCAUGUGAUGUGAGAAUUUUGGGUGAGAAAGAUGAAGACUAUUAGUGGGUUAGGAAUUGGUUUGAGUUUGGUGUUUGGGUUUCUUCUAUUAGCACUUGCUGCAGAAGUCUAUUACCUUCUGAGAUGGAAGAAGCACAAGAAGAGAGUCAUAAGCCAAGAGAGUGAAGAAGAGAAAGAAGAAGAAGAACAGAUUGGAUACGCUAAGGAGCUAAUCCAGCUCUUCUGCUUCAAAAAGCCUCAAUCUUUACAGGCCAACAAUGGCGGAAGAGAAGGGGAAAUCUCGAUGAAUCAAGAUGGGACUCAAGAUUUAGAGCUUGGGUUGAUGAAACAUUUGGGUGGAGGAGAUCUAGGGUUUGAAGCAGAGCUCAUGAAGCUUCAUAACCAGAGGUUUCUCUUCACAAUCAUGGAAGAGACAAAAGCUGAUUUGGAAUCUGAAGAUGGAAAAUCGAGAUUGGGUUCGAGAUCGAGAACAAGGAGCCUGAGUGAUCUUCCGCUCGGAGUAAAUGACUGUAAUACCCCUGGAUUCACUCCAUUGGCCUCUCCUACGACACUAAAGUCAUCUCCUUUAGAGUCUUACUCGCACCAUGGAUUCAAUCCUCUGUUCGAAUCAGACGGUGAGCUUGAGUUUAACAAGUUUUUCAGGUCGUCUUCUUCGCCUCCGCCGAAAUUUAAGUUCAUGAGAGACGCUGAAGAGAAGCUGAGGAAGAGAUUGAUCGAAGAAGCUAAAAGGAGAGAGCAAAAACCGGACCUUUCGAUGGUAACAGAGGGUUCGUUUCUGAAGUUCAUGAAUCCUGCGAUGAACAGAGAGAAGAAACAGAGUAUUCAAGAAUCUGAUGAAACGGUGUCGUUUUCUCCUUCUUCUUCAUCAGGUACAAAUCUUAGAACGUUAGACCAGAAAUCCACACUGGUUCUUUAGUAUUAGAUCUCUCUGUUUCUACUCCUUAACUGUUAUUUUUGGUUGAAAUUUUUAAGAGUUUCAAUUUUAUUGUGUGAAUUAUAAUCUUUCCUUUCUCUCAUUCUUGGAAUGAGUUCUUCUGUAAGUAUCAAUCUGAAAAAUUUGCAGAUGCUUCUUUAAAGAAUUUGCCUGAGAAAUUUGUAUAAGCUAGAA